CUGUCUUUUCCUGUCUGUCACUAAAUAUAUGUCUAUAUAGAGCAUCUAAUGCAACGUCAGGUGAGCUAUCGCCCCCAAAACCUUCUUUGUGAUCUUGACCAAGGUUUUCCGCACUCAAGACCUCCAUGUCUGGGUCCUGGGUAGUGAAUAACCACGACUCCGCCCCCGAGAGCGGCACAUUCGGGGGACGUGACUGGAUCUCGAUAUAGAGAGGUACUUUGCAGUUGGAUCCACAACACCAGGGAAGCCCAUCUACAUGGUAAGCUAGCUAGUAGGGGAAAAGUUCCAGGAUCAGGUUCAGGCCGGGCAUACACUACCGCGUUGCCGGACGAGGUCAAAUGCUCGCUUCUCUCUCCAUGUCCAUGUUGAUGAACGAGGCGGCGUCUCAGUCCGUAUCACAAUGUGGGAGGGGGUUGUUCAUCUCCGCCUUCUUGUACACGUCCCUGUCGGGUUCGAGAUCGUGUUCCUGACCGGGUCCUUCCUUGGAUUGAUGCGUGUGUAUUUUUGUUUCUCACUAGGCGUAAUGAUGGCUCGCGCUGCCGCCCCCCUCGAAAUCUCCCAUGCGCUCAGGACUCUGCCGGGUGAUGGUAAUGUGGGGUCCAUCUUUGUGUCUUGUCGUCGAUGUGUCGGUCGACGAUGGACCAAUACUCAGGCUCUCGAGACAUCGGGAUGGCGUCGUCUGGAUGCUGCGGCCGAGGAGACGGCUGGCGGGGUACGCCGUCCGCGAGGAGCAUCGACUGUUGUCCGUGACUCUCGCCUUGUCGACUGUGGCUUGCUCACGCGCGUGCCAUGUAGUUUGAGGUCUUGGACUCUACUCACGGGCUCUAUGACGGUGCGCGGAUGCAGCUGGGCGCCCGACGAAGCAAUUCGAGCUUUUCCAUCACUCAUCGCGUGCUCCUGGGACAGCGACUUCUGUGCAGCUACCUUGUGGGGGUCAUAGUACGUACCGACCGCAAC